UCCGCCGGAGACACAGCCUACUUUUCGCCCUGGGUAUAAAUACGCCUGAGCCACCGGCUCUCAGCUUCCCGACACUCCGAGCCGGCCCCGUCCUUCUCCUCCGGCAGGAAUGGCUCGUGAUGGCCACGGGACCUUCGGCUUCAUCCCCAUCUUCAUCCUGGCAGCCAGCCUGCUGCUAACAGCCCUGCCGCCGGCGCGAGCUCAGGUGAAGGGCAAUGAAGGCGACGAGCUGCCGGAGGAGGACGAGUCCCGGAUCAUCGGUGGGAGACCCUGCUCCAUCAGCGACAGACCUUUCCAAGUUGCCCUCAUCAAGAGAGGUCAGAUCCUGUGUGGGGGAAGCUUGAUAGACGCCCAGUGGGUCCUGACCGCCGCCCACUGCAAGCAGCCAACCAGGGACCUGAGGGUGUUGAUCGGGACGAACACGUUACAAGACGGGACAGGGGUAAUGAGGUCGAUUUCGAAGCUCCAGGUCCACCCGGCCUACAACCCCCACAAGAACGACAAUGACUUCAUGCUCUUGAGGUUGAACAAGCCCGUUCAGUUCAGCAAUAACAUCAAGAAGAUCCGGUUAGCCACCAAGUGUCCCACGGAUGGGAUGAGGUGCAGCGUCUCGGGUUGGGGCACGACCAAGUCCCCUGGAGCCAAGCUGCCCCGAAAUCUCCAGUGCGCCGCCAUCCAAGCCUUCGGGAGGGAGAAGUGCAUGAGGGCGUACGGAUCCGCCAUCACCCCCAACAUGUUCUGCGCCGGCGUCCCCCAGGGGGGCAUCGAUUCCUGCCAGGGCGACUCGGGGGGCCCACUGGUGUGCAAUGGGGAGCUGCAGGGCGUGGUCUCCUGGGGGAUGGCCGUCUGCGGGCGCCGUGGACAACCCGGAGUCUACUCCAACGUCUGCCGGGCCGUGCCGUGGAUCCGGAAAUACAUCGGGAGGCAGUGAGACCCCCCCACGAGGGAUUUCACCCACCCCCCCACGAGGGACUUCAAAACACGCCCUCCCCUUUUUUGGGGGGGGGGACGUGGGAGCAAUGGGAAUUUUCCCAGAAUGCACCUGGGGAGCAGUGAAAUGGCGGGGCGGGGCGGGGGGGGCCAGAUGUGUGAAAUAAAAGGAAAGAGUGAAA